AAACCGUUUGGCGUGUGAAGUGUCAACGAAGUUGAAAAAACAGCAACGGCAGAAGGUGGCAGAGCCAGUUGACUUCCGGUUGCAGGUUAAGAAUUAAGAAAAAGAGUGAAAUCCACAGCAACAGCAAUGAAAGUCUCCCCUCUAGAGCCCCCCAUUACCAUUAUAGCCACUACCAAGCAUCACCAAAUCAAAACACAUUAUAUUUUUAAAAUUAACACACCGUCGCCACUGUCUACCACCAGCAUCCACCACUAACUCCGGUUUUUUCUUAGUAGAAUCUCUGGUUUCGUUCGGCGUUAAAGUUGGAGCUCAUGGCGGGUAGUUGCAGUAGCACAAUAUCGGUUUUCUGAAUUCUCGUUCUUCUGCGUGUUUAGUUUUUGUGAGCUGAUCCAAUUGGGGAGAAGAACUCGAAAAUGCUUACAUGCAUAGCACGUCCCAAGAAAUCAGGCACGGGCAGCAACAACGAGUCUCUGAGUAAGACCGAUGAUUCCGAUCCCAACAACAAAAACCAGUCCAUGAAAUCUCUCACUUCCCAGAUAAAGGACAUGGCGCUGAAGGCGUCGGGGGCGUACAAGCAUUGCGCGCCGUGCACGGCGGGGCCAGCGGGGAGACUGGUGAGGAGAAACGGGGAGUCGUCGCCGGAGACGGACUCGGACAGGUUCAGGUGGUCGUACCGGAGGACAGGGAGCUCGACGAGAGGUUGGGGGAAGGAGAUGGAGGCGAGGCUGAAGGGGAUAUCGUCGUCGAGUGGGGAAGGCACGCCGAACUCCGCCAGCGGACGGCGGUUGGAGCCGGUGGUUCUGUUCGUCGAAGAGAAUGAACCAAAGGAGUGGGUGGCGAACGUGGAGCCCGGCGUUUUGAUCACCUUCGUGUCGCUUCCACGUGGCGGCAACGAUCUCAAGCGCAUUCGUUUCAGUCGCGAGAUGUUUAACAAAUUGCAAGCUCAAAGGUGGUGGGCGGAGAACUAUGACAGGGUGAUGGAACUUUACAAUGUUCAAAGGCUUAACCGUCAAGCAUUCCCUCUUCCAACACCGCCAAGGUCCGAAGAUGGUAUGGGAGUGGGAUACUCUUCCUCGGAUUCCUUCGAUCAUCAAUCGAUGCAAUCCCGGAAGCUGCAUGAAUUAAAUGGUGUUAACUCAACUCCAAAAGUCUCAACCAUUAGUGCUGCCAAGACUGAGAUAUCGUCAAUGGAUGCUUCAAUCAGAAGUAGCUCAUCCAGAGAGGCUGAUCAAUCCGGCGAUCUAUCAAUCAGCAAUGCAACCGAUUUGGAUACCGAAUGGGUUGAGCAAGAUGAACCUGGUGUUUAUAUUACCAUCAGAGCAUUGCCAGGUGGCAAAAAGGAGCUCAGACGAGUUAGGUUCAGCCGAGAAAAAUUUGGGGAGAUGCAUGCUAGAUUAUGGUGGGAGGAGAAUCGUGCUAGAAUACAUGAACAAUACUUGUGAGAACUACUGCUGAAUGCUGAUCAUGCAUGAUGCUUUUUCUUAUUAAAUUGUUUUGCCUAUUCUUCUAAGUAUGAUUACAGUUAUAGGUGAUGAAGAUGUUAGUAGAGGUACUAUCCUCGCGCCUCUCAAGCCCUGUUUUUGGCUAUUUACAUAUCUCUACUCACACCUCACACUUCAGGUUGUUCUGUUGGAUGUGGCUGGCAAAAUAAAUAUAUAGUUUCGUUAAUUAAUAAUA